AUGGAAUCAGCAUCAGAGCCUCCGCCUCGGCCGGCUCCGGCGCCGGCGAAAGCAAACUCAAGUUCUCCGUCAAUUUUUGCCGUUCUGAAAGCCUACUCGGUUCCUCUCAUCCUAUUCGUCGCUGCGCUGUUCUUCCAGCUGGUGGUCACUCCUCGCUCUUUUCCGCCUACGCAUUACAAUGUUUUGGGAGUGCCGAAUUAUGCAUCAAUUGAAGAAGUUACAGAGGCUUACGAGAAGCUUGUCUCUCAAAAGGUCUCAACUGCAUCAGUUACUCCCGUCGAAGAGAUGAUAAAGGCCCGAUAUGCGUUGGAGCUGUUGACGAAUGAAAUAUGGAAGCGAGAUUAUGACAAUUUCGAGAUUGAUGAGCAAUCGCACGUGAUCAACAAGAUCAAGGACCAAUAUGCUGAUGCUGGUUUUUCUGGAAUUAGCGGUGCAGUGAUGGAGCCUAAUACUUUUGAUCCAGUAGUGCAUUCUUUUGGUGUCAUUAACUCCGAUAACUAUCUCUCCCAAUUCAGAAGCGACAAAGCAUUACUCAUUCAGGUUUAUUCAAUUGGUAGCAACCGCUGUGCUAACUUUUCUGACACAUGGAAAAGAAUUGUUGCUUUGUUUGAUGGUGUCGCUAAUACUGGAAUGGUCGAACUCGGUGAUGUCCGCCUUGCGGCACACUUAGCAGAGAAGAAAUCUAAUGGACGACCUUUCUUCAGAAAUGGGCUGCCAACACUAUUGGCUUUUCCCCUUGGAUGCAGUAGUCCACGUUGUCUUCAUAGGUAUAGCGGAGAACUUUCUGUCGAUGCAGUUGCUGAUUGGUUCGCCACAACCAUCCUAGGUUUGCCCCGGAUUUUGUACUACUCAAAGGAGACGAUGGUACCAAAUUUUCUGGCCAAAGUCAAACCUCACAAGGUUAGAGUCAUCUUCUUCUCGAAAACUGGAGAGCGGGCCUCACCAUUUAUCCGUCAAGCUGCUAAAACAUAUGGGACAUAUGCAGCUUUCGCAUUUACGCUAUGGACUGAAGAUGACUCUACUUUCUGGUGGAAUACGUUUGGUGUUGAAUCUGCUCCUGCAAUUGUUUUCCUGAAGGACCCUGGUGUUAAACCUUUUGUAUACCAUGGUUCAGUUAACAAUUCAAAGUUCGUAGACAUUAUGGAGAAGAACAAAUAUCAGGUGCUUCCACAAUUAAGAAGCGUGACUGCAUCAGAAUUGGGUUGUGAUGCUCGAGGUUACUCCCGUGCUGGAAGUGGGGUUAAUAUUUGGUACUGUGUCAUUCUGGCGGGUAGGAUGAGCCAGGAACUGAAUGCAAUGCGUGAAACCAUGCGUAGGGUCCAAGAAACCUUAAACAACAAUAUGGAGGCACCUGCGGCACUAGCCAUGAAACAGAAACGGCUGACUUUGACCUGGCUUGAUGGGGAGGCGCAGCAGAAAUAUUGCUUAUUCUGCAUGAAUUCGGAGGAUAGCUAUGAAACAUGUGGCUCAAGAAAAGCCAUGAUAGAUGUACCUCGACUACUUAUUGUUCGUUAUGAAAGGAAUGAGACUGAUGAUGUGAUUGAUGUUCCAAAAAAGCCAAGAAAUUUGUUUGAAGCAUUGAAUCAUGAAGAGGCAGAUCCUGCAUCUCAAUUAGUGGCCAAGUACAAGGGUUCUAAUGAGGUUUCUGAGAUCAUUAAUUGGAUUUCCAAGAUUAUAGAAGAUGGAGACUCCAGAAAUCUCCCAGCUUUUAAAACAAAAAGUCCCGAGCUUGUACCAGAGGAUGCAGAGUCCUUGUGGUCAGCUGGUCCUCAGAAGAUUGUUUCCUCUAGCAAGGAUAUGAAGCAGGGGAUCAGUGGCUUUCUGGACAGCAUGCAUGACAUAUUCAGUGAUCCUCGGAUCGGGCCAUUUUUGCUACUGGGAGCAUUGAUGUUGUUUGGUCGUACAUGGCUGCGGAGAAGUCAACCAGCUCAAAAAGAUGUCCCAAACCCUUCAAAUCCAUCUACUGAUGAUAAGGAAAGGCUUAGAGAAAAGCGCAGAACUCAACCACGAAACAGCCUUGUACCUCCUUCUAUGACAGAUGUGGCGCCAGAGCUGGCUUCUCAAAUUGAGCUUUCAGACUCUGAUUCUGACUAUUUUCGCAAGCUUUCUAUUCUUAGUGCUUUUAUAUUCUUUGCAGUUGAACAGAAACUAGAUAAUAACUUUUAUGUUGCUUCACCUGAGGUAGAUAUGGGGAAGGAUUCCAAGCCAAAGGAAGGUGGGAAAGGUAAAGGGAAGCAGGCUGCUGGUAGUAGCGAUGAUGGUGGUUCCAAGGGUAAAGGAAAGGGUGGGAAGUCUUCUGAUGGACUUGGGACCUGCACAUAUGUUAAAGCUAGGCACAUCUUAUGCGAGAAGCAAGGGAAGAUCAAUGAAGCUUACAAGAAACUGCUAGAUGGCUGGCUCAGUAAUGGGGAUAAGGUGCCUCCAGCUGAAUUUGCUAAGCUAGCAGCAGAGUAUUCUGAAUGUCCAUCUGGGAAAAAAGGUGGCGACUUGGGAUGGUUUCCGCGUGGUAAGAUGGCUGGUCCAUUUCAAGAAGUUGCCUUCAACACAGUUGUCGGAGCUACAAGUGCACCAUUCAAAUCAACGCAUGGAUAUCACAUUAUUUUGUGCGAGGGGCGGAAAAAUUGA